AUGGGCCUGGCAGUUGCCAGUGCCCUGGCCGAACGGGGCGAUUGGAGAGUGCAUCUUCUCGACAUCAGCGAGGAACGGGGGGCCGAGGUAGCCAAAGGACUGGCCAACACGACCUUCCAUCAGGCCGACACGAGCAACUACGGCAGCCUCGCUCGGACGUUUGACAGCAUCUUCUCGAGCAGCGGCAACCGGCUGGACUUUGUGUUCGCGAACGCGGGCGUCAUCGAGCGGACCAACUUCUACGAGACCUCUACGGGACCAUCGGGCGUCGCGGAGCCAGAUCUGCGGACUAUCCAGGUCAAUCUGAACGGAGUGAUCUACACAACUGUGCUUGCCGCCCAUUAUUUCCGUCUCUCCCCUCAUGGAGGCAAGGGGACCUCCCUGGUCAUGACCUCCAGUUGUGGCGGGCUCUAUCCCUCACACUACUCGCCCAUCUACACGGCAUCUAAACACGGAGUCCUUGGCUUCAUGCGAUCGGUGGCCCGCCCGUUCGCGCAGGACGGCAUCCGCGUGAAUGCGAUCUGUCCGGGAAUCGUGAAGACGAACCUGGUUGAUGCGCAAGGGUGGUCCAACUUCCCGGCUGACCGAUUCAUCCCCGUGGAGAGGAUAGCUGAGAUAGUGACGCUGUUGAUCGAUGGCGGGGAGAUGGUCGAUGCCGCCGGGACUCGCGUCCAGGGCGCAGUUGGUCGUGCGGUGGAGCUCUCCGGCUCGAAUUACUACUUCCGUGAGCAGCCCGAGUUCUGCGACAGUGAGAUGAAGGAGGUCAUGGGUGCCACUGAGCUGGAGAACCAGGUGGGGGGAGUCCUGAGUGGUUAG